GCUAUCAGAGACCAGAUGAAGAAGCUGUGGUGGAUCAGGGUGGGACCAGCACAAUUCUCAAUAUUCACUAUGAGAAAGAAGAGUUGGAAGGUCAUAGAACUCUGUAUGUGGGCGUUCGGAUGCCACUGGGCCGGCAGAGCCAUCGGCAUCACCGAACCCAUGGCCAGAAGCACCGGAGAAGAGGCCGGGGCAAAGGAGCCAGCCAAGGGGAGGAAGGCCAGGAGGCCCUGGCCCAUGGUAUCACCCUUGGGAGAGAGGACACACCAUCUCAGCGUGUUCAGUUCAUUCUUGGCACUGAGGAAGAUGAAGAGCAUGUUCCUCACGAGCUGUUCACAGAGCUGGAUGAGAUCUGUGUGAAAGAGGGAGAAGAUGCUGAGUGGAAAGAGACAGCCAGGUGGUUGAAGUUUGAAGAAGAUGUUGAGGAUGGGGGAGAACGCUGGAGCAAGCCCUAUGUGGCAACCCUUUCAUUGCACAGUCUCUUUGAGCUAAGGAGCUGCCUUAUUAAUGGAACGGUCCUUCUGGAUAUGCGUGCAAAUAGCAUAGAAGAAAUUGCAGACCUGGUCCUGGACCAGCAAGAACUGUUCAGUGACCUGAGUGACAGCAUGAGGGUUAAAGUACGGGAAGCUCUUCUCAAAAAGCAUCAUCAUCAGAAUGAAAAGAAGAGAAAUAACCUCAUUCCCAUUGUUCGCUCCUUUGCUGAGGUUGGCAAGAAGCAGUCUGAUCCACAUUCAAUGGACAAAAAUGGUCAAACUGUGUCUCCUCAGUCUGUUCCAACUACAAACCUUGAAGUAAAAAAUGGAGUGAAUUGUGAACACAGUCCUGUGGAUUUAAGCAAGGUAGACCUUCAUUUCAUGAAAAAAAUUCCCACUGGGGCAGAGGCCUCAAACGUCCUGGUUGGCGAGGUAGAUACUCUGGAUCGCCCCAUCGUUGCCUUUGUGAGGCUGUCUCCAGCUGUUCUUCUCUCAGGCUUGACAGAAGUGCCCAUCCCAACAAGAUUUUUGUUUAUCCUAUUGGGUCCAGUAGGGAAGGGUCAGCAGUACCAUGAGAUUGGCAGAUCCAUGGCCACCAUCAUGACAGAUGAGAUUUUUCAUGAUGUGGCAUAUAAGGCAAAAGAGAGAGAUGAUCUCCUGGCGGGGAUUGAUGAGUUCCUAGACCAGGUGACGGUGCUCCCUCCAGGGGAGUGGGACCCCUCCAUUAGAAUUGAGCCACCCAAAAACGUCCCUUCCCAGGAGAAAAGGAAAAUGCCUGGAGUUCCAAAUGGAAACGUUUGCCACAUAGAACCAGAACCACAUGGGGGCCACAGCGGGCCAGAACUUCAGCGCACCGGGCGGCUCUUUGGGGGCUUGGUGCUGGACAUUAAGCGGAAGACCCCCUGGUACUGGAGUGACUACCGGGAUGCGCUCAGCUUACAGUGUUUGGCCUCCUUUCUGUUCCUGUACUGUGCCUGCAUGUCACCUGUCAUCACCUUUGGGGGUUUACUUGGAGAAGCCACUGAGGGACGCAUAAGUGCAAUUGAAUCUUUGUUUGGAGCCUCCAUGACUGGGAUUGCCUAUUCCUUAUUUGCGGGACAGGCUCUCACCAUCCUGGGAAGCACUGGGCCCGUGCUUGUGUUUGAAAAGAUUUUGUUCAAAUUCUGCAAAGACUACGCUCUUUCAUACCUUUCCUUGCGUGCUUGUAUUGGACUGUGGACCGCCUUCCUAUGUAUUGUCCUUGUGGCAACCGAUGCCAGUUCCCUUGUCUGCUACAUUACUCGCUUCACUGAAGAAGCAUUUGCCUCCCUGAUUUGCAUUAUUUUCAUCUAUGAAGCAAUCGAAAAGCUGAUUCACCUGGCAGAGACCUACCCCAUCCACAUGCAUAGCCAACUGGACCAUCUUAGCUUGUAUUACUGCAGGUGUACUGUCCCAGAGAAUCCAAACAAUCACACACUACAGUAUUGGAAAGACCAUAACAUCGUGACAACAGAAGUCCACUGGGCUAACCUGACUGUUACUGAAUGCCAGGAGAUGCAUGGAGAGUUCACAGGAUCUGCGUGUGGCCAUCAUGGACCCUAUACUCCCGAUGUGCUCUUUUGGUCCUGCAUUCUCUUCUUCACCACCUUCAUCCUCUCAAGCACUUUAAAGACAUUUAAGACAAGCCGCUACUUCCCAACCAGAGUACGCUCCAUGGUGAGUGACUUUGCUGUUUUCCUCACAAUCUUCACAAUGGUGGUUAUUGAUUUUUUGAUUGGAGUUCCAUCACCAAAACUUCAAGUUCCCAGUGUGUUCAAGCCAACAAGGGAUGAUCGAGGGUGGAUUAUUAGUCCCAUUGGCCCCAAUCCCUGGUGGACUGUGAUAGCUGCAAUUAUCCCAGCUCUACUCUGCACUAUCUUAAUAUUCAUGGACCAGCAGAUCACAGCUGUUAUCAUUAACAGGAAGGAACACAAACUCAAGAAAGGCUGUGGUUACCACCUGGACCUGCUAAUGGUAGCCAUCAUGCUGGGCGUCUGCUCCAUCAUGGGCCUGCCCUGGUUUGUGGCUGCAACUGUCCUGUCUAUCACACAUGUGAACAGCCUCAAACUGGAAUCCGAGUGCUCUGCUCCUGGAGAACAGCCCAAGUUCUUGGGCAUCCGAGAACAGAGAGUGACAGGCCUUAUGAUUUUUGUGCUGAUGGGCUGCUCAGUCUUCAUGACGACUAUAUUAAAGUUCAUCCCUAUGCCAGUGCUCUACGGAGUCUUCCUCUACAUGGGAGUCUCUUCUCUACAGGGAAUUCAGUUCUUUGAUCGGCUGAAGCUCUUCGGGAUGCCUGCAAAGCACCAGCCAGAUUUCAUUUACCUCCGGCACGUGCCACUCCGCAAAGUGCACCUCUUUACCCUCAUCCAGCUGACCUGCCUGGUCCUGCUCUGGGUCAUCAAGGCAUCUCCAGCUGCCAUUGUCUUUCCAAUGAUGGUUUUGGCCUUGGUCUUUGUCAGGAAAGUCAUGGAUCUCUGUUUCUCUAAGCGAGAGCUGAGCUGGUUAGAUGAUCUCAUGCCUGAAAGCAAAAAGAAGAAGUUGGAUGAUGCCAAAAAGAAGGCCAAGGAGGAAGAGGAGGCUGAGAAAAUGUUAGACAUGGGGGGAGACAAGUUCCCCUUAGAGAGCAGGAAGUUACUAAGUAGUCCCGGAAAGAACAACAGUUUCAGAUGUGACCCCUCUGAGAUUAAUAUAUCUGAUGAAAUGCCUAAAACCACGGUCUGGAAAGCUCUCAGUAUGAAUUCUGGAAAUACCAAGGAAAAGAGUCUCUUCAACUAAAAUCUUUGCCGAGAUGGAAGAUUUGGGCCAUGAGGUGCCUCAGGAAAGUCUGGUUACAGAGAAGAUGGUGAAUCUGUCAGACAAGCAGCAAGACCAAGUCUGGCCCUGUCCUUGGUCAUGUCAAAGCCAUGCUGAAGCAUUCAGUUAUUCAUGGUGUGUGUUGGAGGGCACCCAGCUGUCCCCAUACCAGCAGCCAGAUGGGACCGUGGAAGCAGAAGACCACCUGCUGGUACUUCUCCUCUCGCUUCUCUUCUCUUCGAAACUGCCACCACUGAAGACCCAGCUUCCCAGCUUCCAGACAUUUUCUCUGAAACUCUGCUGGCCUGCCAAAACAUAGGACCCAUUCUGUCACUGCAGAUCCCUUCAGUGAGGUUCCUCUUCCUAAAGGAGGGGUAAGGAGUGGGAGCAGAGCAGAGAGGAAAGGGAAGGCUCCCCAGUCCCAGAGUGUCUGUAGGCUGUUAGGACCCUGGACCUUGGUUGGAUUGCCUGCCAAGAGGAUGCUGGUCAGAGUCAGAGGCUGUCAGGAGGAUUGGCUACUAGGAGAGUCAGCAGCCAGGGCAUUGGCAGUGCUCACCACAGCCAGAAGACACCUCUGACCCGGGUGCACCUUCAUGGUUCCCUAGCAGCAGCUUGCAUAACUAAGCAAGGACCUCAGAUGAUAAAAGAGCCAAGUGGGACAUUGGAGUUGUUUAGCUUAGGUAGGGAAGGCUCCGGGGGGAAAUCAAUAAUGAUAAGUGAGAAUGAGUAGCUUCUCUUGGUUUCCUUCAGGAUAGAGUAAGAGACUGAACUUAAAUUGCUGCAGACGGAAUUAGACACUAGGAGGACUUCCUGGGUGGAAAAUUUGUCAUAGUGUUUGCUUUCUUGGUGCCUGGGAAAGGUUUGAUAGUAGUUGUUGGUGACUGGGAGGGAAGAUAAGGUGUUUUUAUUGGCCAUGUUGUGGAAACACCUGUGUCUUGCUGCUGUCUCUUGAGAGCACAUCUGAUUCCAUUCCUGGAGAUAUCUAAGUGCUUACUUAAUGUCUCCUUAGCUGCCUUAGUAGCAAACCAUCAAUGGACCAAAGCCGCCUUCAGCCAUGUUGUUUCUUCAUCAUCAUGGAUUUUUUUUGGUUGAGAAAUGUUCUGGCUGUCAGAUGUGAAAAGCCACAUUGGGGAAUGACUGUAUAUGUAAAAUUAAUUUUGGUGUUUAGUGUACAGCUACACUUAUAGUUUUAUUCUCUUCUCUGUUGCAGUGAAUAUCAAUGAUUUGGGCUCCAAUGUGUAUAGACCUUCCCUUCCUCUGUGCACAGAACAUUACUGGCAAGCAUAUCAACACCAAGGAAUCUGAUCAUACUAGUUUCCCGUCCUGGAAAA